UCAUAUGCUUUGGUUUCUAUGUAAUCGUAAUAUCGAUAAAAACCAGUCCAGGUUAUUGCUGUCACGAACUCGUUCUGAUUGACCAUGAACAGUUUUACGAAAUUGUUUGCGAUUGCAAACAAAACUGUUGCUCUUCUUAAUAAAUGCCCCAAUAGUUCAGUAAAUCAGUGUUGCAGAUCGUCUUUCAGUAGAACCUUACACUCCUGCAAAACACGGGCUACCACUGUCUCAAAAGCUGGAACAGUUCAGAAGUUAUGCAUUGCAACUGGUCUUUCAGUUUCAUCUUUUAUCUUGUACAAAUGUCGCCACAAUUUGUUGCCCACUGGUAGCAUGUUACCCCCUGUCUUUGCUGCAGAACCUAUGCAUUCAUCACCGAGGGCGCAGUUCAACUUCAUUGCUGACGUGGUGGAAAAGGCAGCCCCAGCAGUAGUUUAUAUUGAAAUUAAGGGGAGACAUCCAUAUCAUGGUGGCAUUACAACAAUGUCAAAUGGGUCUGGCUUCAUAGUCCGGCAGAAUGGUAUUAUCUUGACCAAUGCUCAUGUGGUUGCCAACAAACAGAUUGUCGUAGUUAAGCUUCACGAUCAGCGGGUUUUUGAAGGAACUGUAACUGCUGUUGACCCGGUGUCAGAUCUAGCAACAAUCAAAAUUGAUGCAAACGGGCUGCCUACUCUGAGCCUUGGAAAGUCGUCAUCUGUGAGAUCAGGAGAGUGGGUAAUCGCCAUGGGAAGUCCUCUGUCACUCAGCAACACUGUUACAGCUGGUAUUGUUAGCAGCAUACAUCGUGGCAGCAAAGAGUUGGGCAUUCACAACAAAGACAUCAGCUACAUACAGACAGAUGCCGUCAUAAAUUUUGGGAAUUCAGGAGGACCGCUUGUUAAUCUGGAUGGUGAAGCUAUUGGUAUCAAUACAAUGAAGGUUACAACAGGAAUAUCUUUUGCCAUUCCAUCAGACUAUGUUCAGGACUUCCUUACAAAAGCUGAUAUGCUAACUAGCAGAGCUGAAUCAAAGCCUAAAAGCUGGUUUGGUCGAGUGAGUAGCCCAAAGAAACAGCGCUACAUUGGUAUCACCAUAUUGAGCUUGACUCCAAGCAUUAUCAGAGAGUUGCAGAAAAGAAUUCCCGAUUUCCCAGAAGACAUUGAACAUGGAGUGUUUGUUGACAGAAUUAUCAUUGGUUCACCUGCAUAUAAUGGUGGUCUGAAACCGGGUGACAUCAUAACUCACAUAAAUGACAAGGAGGUGAAUGCAUCGUCUGAUUUCUUUGGUGCUGUCAGUACUAACGACAUUUUGAAACUGGCAGUUAUGAGGAAGCAGAAAAGAAUUUUACUGACUAUAAAACCUGAGGAGAUUGAAUGACGACUCUGUGGCUGUACAUUAUCAUGUAGAACAAAUUGCUUUCCAACUAGACGGAUAUGUCUAACAUCUGUGAUUUAACUAUUUUAUUCAAAAGUUAUAGAAAAUCGGAGAUUAGUCAAUAAUAAUUACUAUCAUAGAUAAUAGUAAACAUUUCAACUUAACCUGACCUCAAACAAAUGACAUUUUCCCCUUUGUAAGUAGACUACUCUGAACUUCCCAACAGCCAAUGGGAUGGCUUACAAUCUUCCAAUGAGUCCUGGUGAGCGGAAAAACGUCUAUUAGACUGGCCACAUCAGGAACCAAUCAAAUAAUUAGUUUUAGAACAUUAUCAAAACGUUUGUUGGCUGAACUUGGGGAUGGCUUCUUGUUCCGAUCACAUGACUGAAUUUUCCUUCUUUCUCUUUUGCAUAUUCAGUCCUGACAUCCUUUCUUUACUCUUGUAUUACACAAGCCACCUUGUUUUUUGUGUUCGUUUAGUCCAGUGUUGUUUUAUGUGGUUUAGUUUCUACCAUAUUUAUUCUUGGUUACUGCAGCUUUAUUUGCUUUGCUUUAUUUUUGUGUUUAUAUAACAUGACAUUGCUGAAGGUCAUAUGUCAUGUUUCUAUCAAUAUUCUAGAUUCUAAAUUGAUUUUGUUAAUUAUAUAAUAAGACCCAUGCAGAAUCUUAUUUAUGCUCUUUUUUUAUGUCAUUGAGUGAUGUGUGAUAAUUCUAUUUUCAUGAAUUCUGAGCCAGUAAAUACAAAUUCUUUAUUUACUUACAAACUUUGAACUAAGUAAGUUUGAUAAUUUAAAGGCCCAAUUCAACCUUUAUUAUCAGACAAAACUACCAAAAAUACUGUACUUUUAGAAGACUUUAACAUAUAUGAAUGGUUUUGGGUUUUUUGUUCUUUUUUUUUGUUCUUUUUUUUUCUUUUGGGGGGAGAGGGGGGCAUCUUCUCUUUUUUCCCACCAGUAAUGGCUCUUUGUUGUGGGUUUUUCAGUAUGAUUCCAUUUAUAUAUUUCAUUGCUAAGAAUAAAAUAAAUGAUGACUGCAUACAUUAAGAAAAUGUUUAUAGUAUUGACUUAUAUAAGCUCUGGAAUAUAUCCCUUCCUGGAGCCACAAACUGACAAAUGAUGUGACAAACUACAGCAAUUAAAUCUGUUUUUAACACA